CUGGCUGACAGUAACUGGGCCGCCUCUGGGUGGCGCUGCCGUGUUGUUUAUUUGCCGGUGAGGUGGGCUGAGUGAGGCCGGGCAGAGCUCGCUGCCUGCGGGGUUAACGUCUUGAGCAGCCGCCGCCGCGUUGGCUCCACAGUCUCCCUUGCGCUGCACUUGGAACUGGGUGGAGGGUUUAACUCGGAGCGGCUUGUUUGAGCUGCGGGCGUGAACCUAGACUGCAGCACACGGGCUGAGGGAUUAGCAGCUAACCAACAAAGAACCAGAACACAGGAUGUGAACGUAAACAAACCUCAGACAGAGCUGCAGAAUGUCCGGAGGAACAAAAGAGACUUCUGCCUGUACGAGCCGCCGCGGACACAACUAACCAGCGGCUACACCGGCUAACGUUAGCGGAGUUAACGCUAGCUUCACCCCGACAGACUUUAUGAGGUAGACUCUCCCGCAUCCUCGCUUGUAAAGUCUCCUUGACACUCACUCGUCAUGGCUGCGGUGGUCAGCUACUCUCCACCAUGGUGGGUGAAACUGCUGCACAGGCUCCCACAUUUCAACCUCAGGUUCGAGCAAACCAGCGGCGAUUUCCAACCGGAGGACUGGACAUAUCAACAGUCCAUCCUGUUAUUGGGAGGUGUGGCGCUCGCCUGUCUGGCCCUGGACCUCCUGUUUCUGCUCUUCUACUCCAUUUGGCUGUGCUGCCGGCGAACCAGAAAUGUGGAGCAGCCCAAGGCUGACUGCUGCUGCACGGCCUGGUGUGUUAUCAUUGCAACACUUGUCUGCAGCGCUGGCAUUGCUGUCGGUUUCUAUGGGAACGGCGAGACUUGUGAUGGAGUGAAUCGGCUGACGUAUUCCCUGCGCCAUGCUAACCGCACAAUCACUGGAGUGCAGAAGCUGGUAUAUGACAGUACAUCCUCACUGAACCAAACAGUAGACGACAAUCUGCAACAGCUUGAGGGCCAGUAUGCGCAGCAUGCGGACUACCUGUCCAUCGUCCAAAAGCUGCAAGGCCAGCUGGAUGAGCUGGUCAGACAGAUGGUGGAGAUUCCCUUCUGGGACAACACUAACAUCUCCCUUGAGGAGUUGGCCGUCAACAUUGAGCUGUAUGAUUGGUACAGGUGGCUGGGCUACAUAGGCCUGCUACUGUUCGACAUCCUCAUCUGCCUCUUGGUGCUGUUUGGCCUCAUUCGCAACUCCAAGGGAACACUUAUAGGGGUGUGUUUGUUUGGCGUAGUGGCUCUGGUUAUCAGCUGGGUCUCCUUGGGGAUGGAAUUAGCCCUCUCUGCGACUUCAAGUGACUUCUGUGUUGCUCCUGACACGUAUGUCACAAAAGUGGCAGACCAGUACGGAGUCGUCAAUCAAGAAAUCCUGCAGUACUACCUUAGUUGCAGUCUGGAAAAGAACAAUCCAUUCCAGCAGAAGCUUUCAGGCGGUCACAAAGCAUUAGUGGAGAUGCAGGACGAUGUGUCCGAACUGCUGCGCUCUGCCACCGGAGAAUACAAACAAACUAAGGAAAGUUUGGACGAGAUUCAGGGGAUACUGAACACCACAGAGAUCAGCCUGCAUCAGCUCACUGCACUGGUGGACUGUCGCAGCCUGCACAUGGACUAUGUCCAGGCCAUGACAGGUCUGUGUUACGACGGACUGGAAGGCCUCAUCUACCUCGUGCUCUUCUCCUUCAUCACUGCUCUCAUGUUCAGCUCGAUUGUUUGCAGUGUGCCUCACACCUGGCGGACCAAGAGGAGCGAGGACGACAGUGAAGAUGAGUCUCUGAGCCACGGAGGAAGGCAGAACAAUGAUAACCUGUACCGGGUCCACAUGCCCAGCCUGUACAGCUGUGGCAGCAGCUAUGGCAGUGAGACCUCCAUCCCUGCGGCCGCCCACACCGUCAGCAACGCACCUGUUACAGAGUACAUGGCUCAGAACGCUAGCUUCCAGAACUCUCGCUGUGAAAACACGCCUCUGAUUGGACGAGAGUCCCCCCCCCCCUCGUACACCUCCAGCAUGCGGGCAAAGUACCUGGCCAACAGCCGACCAGAGCCGAACACCCCUCCAGCGAACUAGACCACACUGGACUUUGUGCCCUGGUGUCUCGAAAGUCACAUUCAGUCACUUAUCCAGUCAGUCAGGGUUUUUUUUUUUUUUUUUUUUUUUCCUCAGUCACUCCACCCCCUGCUUUUCCUCCACUGUUACUGUCUCACUCAACUUGAAACGGAAAACCAAAUGUGCUAUUGCUGAUUGGUUGAAGUAAAACGUGCCGGACGUGACAUCAGAGCUCAUCUCUCCAGUUUCCACAAUCUUCAUGGGAUAUUAUCUUCACUCUGAUUUGACGGAGCCUGGACUGACGUUUACACUUUUUUUUCUCCUUUACAACAUGACAUUGUACAGCGUCACAUCUAACAAAGCUUUGCAGUGUUGAGGACUCUGGAAGUGCUCACUGACUAACACUGAUUACUUCUAGUUGUUUUUGUUAAGUACUGUACCAUAGCCUCUCUCCCCCCCUCAGCGGGAGAGGGAGGAAGAUGCCUUACACGUAAUUACGGGAGGAAUCGACGGAUUUCUCUCUACCUGAAGUAGAUAUCUUUUCUUGCAUUAUUACACAUUUAACAAAAUAUCGAACUGUCGUAGUGUAGAUUCAUUUCACAGCGCAACAUCACAGUUGCUCAGGUUUCGUGGAUCUUGAAAUGCAAAUCUGAUAAUUUGCAUUGUUUUCCUGUAGAUUUCAUGUGCGCACAUCGGCUUGUUUUUCGCGUUGCGUCUUAAAUCUGACGUCUGGGACCAGUUUUCCUGCAGCAUUGCACGUCGAACAAGUCUUUUUGUCUUCUCGGGACACUGUUAUUUCCUGUGGCUUUUCUUUUUUUUAGAAAUAAUGUACAUUUAUAAGCCACUUUUCCAAAGCAGUGACAACACUGUAACUCGUGAAGCUGUGAACUUUGACGCUCAGAGGAUUUGAUAAGGACAAAGAUGAAAGGAGUUCAAUAGUGAAGAGAAGUUUUUAUACUACUGGAUCAGAAAUGUCUUCUUUUUUUUUUUACUGACGAUGGUGAAGCCCUGGAAUUCAGAGGAGUGUGUGAUGUCUUCUUCAAUAUUACUCCGGACUUUUUAAGAUCUUUUUGCGGUGCCCUCUCUUCACCAGACUGCUUGUAAUCCUCUCCACUUUUCUGCAAAGUUGUAAAGCUUCUUUUCCCUCAACAUGGCCGGGAAUUACAUACACACAUUCUUGAGACCGUCUGGUAGAGAAAGCCACUCACUGAUCGUCCCAACAUUAAGUCUUAAUGCACAUUUUGGUGAAAAUAUUCCAGCUUCUGAAGAAGAGACACUCUUGUGCAUUGUCAUUCCAGUGUCUCACAAAUGUGUUUUAGCAUUUAUACAGUAGAAAAGGGCGAGUGGAUGCUGUGAAGAGUUGCCAUGAGUCCGCUCUCUUAUAUAAACUGGAAGUUGUUCCUGUUGAAGCAUGACGAUCCACGUGGAAUGAGAUGUUUGUACCUCCGAUGCUUCAACUUGCUUUUCUCUUCGAUGUGCUUUUGUGACCAGUACAAGAGGUGAUUUCAUUUUUUGAGAUUGUGCCAUCUGAAGCACAACCCUUAAACUCUGAAUAUCUUUUUUUUUUUUUUUUUGAUGUCUUUAGGCCUGUUUGUAACGAUGAAAGCUCAAAUGAGAAAACGAGCCUGAUGUUUUUUCUCCAUACAUUUAUGCUCUGCAAGACUUUUACUACACUGAUGCAAUCCUUGUGUUUUUCGUAGUGGUCAUAUUCUAUUUGUUGUUUGUUAUGCAAAGCUGUUGUACAGGUUGUGGACAUUUACAAAAUGAAGAAAAAAAAAGUACUGAAAUUGACUUUUCUUUUUAAUUUCUUAAAGCUUAUUUUACAUUUUUUUAAAUAUUCGUGAUUGAUUUGCUCUUAGAGGUUUUUUUUAUUUCAUUUUAGAAUCUGUAGCAAGCACAAUGUGUUGCUUCAUUAAUGUGAAUACAGUAAAUAGAUUUUCAAUUUUUUUUAUUGAGGUUUUAUUUCUGGUAAAAAAAUAAAGUCACUAGGGGUGUAAUCAUUUUUUUAUUCCGUACAUCUUGUUUGCUGUCUCUAAAAUGUGUACAUGUAAAACCUGUGGUCAUUCUGAGCUUGAAUGCUGUGUUUUAAAAUUAAACAAACUUUAACUGUA